AAAGGCAAAAGCUCUUUAGCUUUCAUUAACUCUACCUGCUGUUGUAAUGUACUAUGUGAGGGAAAGGUUUUUAAAUUUAUAACAACUUUUCCUAAAAUGAGGUUUUUAAAUUUAUAACAACUUUUCCUAAAAUGAGUUGUAAGGGCAUCUCUAACCCAACUCCAUUUUUUACUCAAAAAUGGAGUAAAAGUGAAUAUGGAGUAACAUAUACUCCAAUUCAACUUCAUAUCUCACUCCAUUUUGAAGUUUACUCUAUAAAUGGAGUAAUCUAUUUUUUGUUUGUUCAUGACUCCAUUAUGAAGUGAAAAAUGGAGUAGGGUUGGAGCAAUUUUACUCCAUAUUCACUUUUACUCCAUUUUAGAGGAAAAAAUGGAGUUUUACAUUGGAGAUGCUCUAAGAGCAUCUUCAACCCCAUUCUAUUUUCUACUCUAAAAUAGAGUUUAGAGUAAGAAAUGUUCCAAUGGUACUCUAUUUUUCACUCUAUAAUAGAGUGAAAAAUAAGUUUACUCUAAAUAUAGAGUAAGUUGUUUUUUAUUUGUUCAUCACUCUAUUUUUUACUCUAAAUAUAUAGUAUUAUUGGAGCAAACUCCAUCUCUAUUAUAGAGUGAUUCUAUUUUAGAGUAAAAAAUAAAGUGAACCUUUGGAGAUGCUCUAAGGAAUCAUUUCUUUAAACCAGUUUCUUGUCACAUUUUAACAUAUUUGUUUUGGCCAACAAGAAUUUUUGAUCAGACUAAUAAAGAUUUAAAGAUUGGUCUAUUGCAUGCGUGCAUGCAUGCAUGUUGAUCUCAAAUACUAUUACUUUUGUAUUUCUAUCUUUUCUUGGAGUGGAGAGAAGCAAAAUAAAGGGCAAUUUUUAUGUAUACAUAUGAUCAAUUCAUUUGAAGAAGAAAAGAAAAAUCUGGUGGCUAUGGAACUGCAUAAAGAAACUUAAAUAGACAGAUUGAAUGCAGUAAAGAGUCUUUUUCGCUGAGAGACUUGCAAAACUAUUCAAAGCAGCAAUAUGCGACUCACUACCUACUUUUUCUUUUUGCCCCAAAAUAUGUUCAUUCUAAUGUCUGGUCUAGUCUACUACAUUGAUAUGAUGGCUGAUUCUGUUAUCCUCAACAUUUUAGGAACAAAAGAUUAGUGUUCUAAUUAGAUCAAAGCAAUGUUAACGCAUUCAUUUGCAUGUUAAGGAUAAGAAAAGAAGACUUUAGUGUUAGCACCAUGCAUGUUUUUUAAUCUGAAAUAAGUUUUAUUCUAAAGAAAUACUUCAAAUUCUCCAAAUGUCCAAUGACCAAUCGUCAAGAAGACGUCAAAAUUCUGAGGAAAUGAGGUGAAAGGCUUACUCUUAGUGCAACAUGGUCCAGUGAUAGGGUAUAAUUAGGUGCUUAGGUGAAAAAUAAUAAAUUUGUUUCAAUACAUUUUAUUUUUAAUAUAUUUAUCUGAAAUGUUGACUAUUUAUAUACACUCUUGAUAUCAAUUUAAUUAAUUAUUGAAUUUACUUUAAUAAAAAAAACUGAAUGCUAUUCAAAAAUUUAAAACGGUCCGUUACCGUUUAAACCGACCAAUCAGUGGCAUUAACUAUGUUUAACCAUAAAGAAGGAAAAUAUAUUAUCUUAAUUAGCACUUUUAAUUCAUUUUGUAAAAUGGAGUCAAAGAAGGAAAUGCUUAAUUACUGGAAUUAGAAUAAAUGUGAUGACUCUAGCACGUUGAUCCAUUACAUAAAGGUACAAUUUCUUAUCGUUUGAGCAAUUUUGUUGGAGGUAAAGAAACUACUUCCGUCCUUUGAAGGUGAAGUUCUACUUUAUACUUUAAUCGUUAAUAGAAUUUAAUAUUUUCUAAUUUAUUCUUUGCUUGCAUAUCAUUGUUCCAUUGCGUUUGAUUUCAUAAUGCGUUCCUCGAUCUGUAUAUUGAUUUUCAUAACGCAAGACAAAAGUGAACUUGCUUGUUUCUCGAAUAUGAAAAUGAUUACAAAGAAUUUGUUUUGUCUCUCCUUGACAUCAUUUUCUUUUGUCUUGUAAUUCACUUUUAUAUUUUCACGAGGCUGUGUCAGAUCCUUCUCUUUAACCUUCCUUUUCUGCAACACAAUAAUAGUUUUGGGCCAUCCGUUAUUUACUUAUCUACUACUCAGAUUCUCCAGAUUCUACAGCCUGAGAAAAAUGAGCAUAAAUAAUUUGUGUCUUACAUAAAAGAAAUAUUUUGUCUCUUAAAAGUCUUAUAAUAUAAAUUUCAUUAUAAUUUAUAUGAUUAUAUUUCAAAUUACAGGUUUACAUGAGUGAGCCAAAUUAUUACUUUACAGUUUAUAAUCAAUUUUUAUAUAAAGAUCUUAUUCGUGGUAAUGCUCUUCUUUUAGCUAAGUUCGUGUCAAUGUUCUAUAGUGGGAUGCUUUGUAUAUUUGUGAGGAAAUAAAUAACUACUAUCAGAGGCAUACAAGAAUUCCAACAAGAUUAAAAUAGAGUCUCAUUAAAAUAAAAUCUUUAUAAGUAUUUUUUUAAUCGAUGCGAUGAAAUUUUGUUUUCUUCUCUCCAUACAAAACGUUCUUUUUGGGUUUUCGUGAAGUUAUCUCAUUCUUAAAAAUCUUUCUGAAAAGUCACAUCACAGGUUACAAGAAAUAAAGUUGUUUUUGGUUCUACCAUAUCUCCACCAUAUCGAGAUGGGCGGAGCAGUGAGAUGGUUUAAAGGGUUGUUUGGCACUAAGAAGAGACUGGCUUCCGGUGAUGGUUCCGACAAAGGCGGUUCCUGUAAUGUCCCGACGGACACAGUUCGUUUGAGACCUUUCUUGACGGAUAAAGAGAAGGAACAGAACAAGAACGCGACUGCUGUUGCAACCGCCACAGCUUUAGCCGCAGAGGCAGCGGCUGCGGAAAUGGUUAGACUGACCGGUGAAGGAAGAGCGGGAGAUAUCAUCACGAGGGAAGAACGUUGGGCCGCUGUGAAAAUUCAAAAAGUUUUCAGGGGCUCAUUGGCGAGGAAAGCGUUACGAGCGUUGAAGGGUAUAGUAAAGCUACAAGCUCUAGUGAGAGGAUACUUGGUAAGGAAACGCGCGGCUGCGAUGCUGCAUAGCAUACAAGCUUUGAUUAGAGUCCAAACCGCUGUGCGUUCUAAACGCAAUCGCUGCCUCAAGAAAGAGUCUAACAACAUGUUUCAACCACGACACUCCUUUGAUAAGUUCGAUGGAGUGGAGCAUGAAGAGAGACAUCAAAGGAAUGUGGAGACUGAUGACAUGUUUAAGAGGAGACCUAAACCUAAGCAAAAGCACAAUGCUGUCGCAAUGUCUGAAUAUGAAGACUGUUUUGUUUACCGAGGGAGUCAUUUGGAGUUGAACUUACCAAAGGCGAAGUGGAAGUUCGGGACUGCGCAAAACACGCCAAGAUUGUCAUCUUCAUCGAAGUUUGCGACGACACCGAGAUUAACAUCUUCAUCUCACCACCACACGGCUAAUAAUAAUCGCUACUAUGUGAUGGAGUCUCCUGGUAAAAGUGUUUAUGGAAAUGCUCAGUCUGGCUAUGAAAUGAACACCCCUAGUCCUGGCUACAUGGAGAACACACAGUCGUUUAAGGCGAAGCAGCGUUCGCAUAGCGCACCUCAUCGGCUUUCUGAGAGGAACCGGUUGUCGCUAGAUGAGGUUACUAUACCUUCCAAGAAUCGCGGUAGCGGAGGGGAGAGUUUGCUGCAACAACGCUAUUCUUGUUCCAGCUACAUGAUUCUGUAAAACCUUUUUUUUUUCUUCAAGAAUUUAGUAAUGACUUUUCAAAUGUUGCCUGAUGCAAAUUUAGGGUUAUAAUUUUCAAAAUUUGUUUUUAAAUCACAAAAUAUAUUUUCACUGUACCCUUUUUGCGUAAA